UUUUCCACUCGGGAGGCGAAAAAAUGCUGCUAUGCUGCUAACUUGUUGAUGAUGACAAUGUUUUGAGUCCUUAAUAUUUAUUUACUUACUUACUUACUUUCUUAUUUUACGAAUCAUUUGUUAAUGUAGACGGAUGAAUGUGUUAGAUAGCCGCCCUGCAUCUAGUUAGCGCUAGAGAUCAACUGUCACAAUCUAGUUUGCAACUGUGUAGAUGUGUAAACAUCUAUAGUUCAAUAACACUGAGCUCAUAUCUGUUGUUUACAAAUCAUUUAGCUGGGAUGGAAGUCCUGAUCAACCAAAGAAACUUUCCCAACAACUUGUGGCAUUUGGUGAAUGAUCCUCAGAUUUCUUCAAUCUGCUGGGAUGACAGUGGGGAAGGAAUCCUGAUCUGUCCAGAGGCCUUCAAAGCUGAAGUGCUAUCUGCAGACAACAAGCAGAAGGUCAAGUUCUUCAGAACGACUAAUUUCAUCAGUUUUGUUCGCCAGCUUAACCUGUAUGGCUUCAGAAAAGUUUGCCCAGACUAUAAGACCUCGUUGACAGCAGUGAGCUUCAUACAGCACUACUUUAACCCGAACUUCAAACGGGCAAACCCGGAGCUUCUGGUCAACCUAAAGCGACACACACCUUCCAACAAGGCCAAGCUUGCUGCUGGGAAAGAAACGUCCAACCAGUCAAGUCCUUUGCAUCCGAUGAUGAAAUCACCUGAUAUCUCUGCUGUGGGCGAUUUAUCUGAGCAUCAAGGAACUUCUGAUCACCUGCACGUUAAUGGGUCCCACACAACACCCCAGUCCUCCCAGGCAUUUGUAACAGGUCAUGAUGAUUCAAGCUCUGAGUUCUGUCACCUCCAGGUGGAUUUUCUGUCUACACAUCUAUCUAGUCCAAUGCAACAGGGCUUACAUUGUGCAGUGCCUGAUGGGAAUUUUGAUGCCUCCAUGCCUGAUUUGGCACCAUGCAGUUUUAAUGCACCAGUGAAUCAGUGCUGUAUCAGUGAUGUCCAGGACUCCUCAUAUAGCCACCUCCUGUUCACUGGCCAGGAUCCAAACUGCCAAUCAGCUGAUGUCCAGGACUCCUCAUAUAGCCACCUCCUGUUUACUGGCCAGGAUCCAAACUGCCAAUCAGCUGAUGUCCAGGACUCCUCAUAUAGCCACCUCCUGUUUAUUGACCAGGAUCCAAACUGCCAAUCAGCUGAUGUCCAGGACUCCUCAUAUAGCCACCUCCUGUUUACUGGCCAGGAUCCAAACUGGCAAUCAGCUGAUGUCCAGGACUACUUAUACAGCAAGCUCCUGUUUACUGACCAGGAUCCAAACUGGCAAUCAGCUGAUGCUCCAGAUCCCAGGAAGAGUCACAUAAACCUGGACACUAUAUUCGAUGCAUAAGAUGAAAUGAAUUUUUAUACUCUGCCCACCAUUGACUUGUUGUGAAGACAAUUAAUUAUCAUUAAUUAUCAGUAUACCAUCUCUUUCAUUAUUCUGAAUCAUUUCUUUAAUAAAAUAAACAUGAAACAUGAAUAUACCAA